AGUUCCUAUCACACUGAAUCUCCAAUUUUUCUUGAUCUCUACCCCCUUACAUAUUCAUCUCUAUUUCUAACCAGCAAGCUUACCAAAUCUUCAACGGUCAGACACUCAUAUCAACCUUCAUGCUACAGGUCUAGUAUGGGAAGUACUAUGUUUGCUAAUACCUCCAUCUUCCCUGAAUCACUUAACCGUAAUAACUAUAAUCACUGGAGUAUGCGGGUCAAAACCUACUUGUUGGCCGAAGGUUUAUGGAACGUUAUCAAAGAAACCACUAAACCAGAAGAUUGUGAUUCUGAACCGGAAUGGUUCGAGGCUUGGACAAUGAAGAAUGCGAAAGCUCUGCAUGUAAUCCAAAACUCGUGCGGGAGUGAUAUGUUUUCUCUGAUAAGUGAUAUUGACACUGCCAAAACUGCAUGGGAGAUCUUGGAAAGAGAGUGCAAGGUACUGAAGGCAGACAUAGAUAUAGUUCUGGAAAAGGAAGAGGAAGGAAAAUCUGUUCGCAGCGCAAUCCAAACCCAACACAAAGAAGACGAGGAAAUAAAGGCAAGUGAAGGUGAGAACAAUACCAACAACUUCAAACGCUAUGAAACUUUCUUCAAUCGUGUGAAGAGUGGAAAUUGGCCAAAGGCAAAGGAGUAUCUUGAAGAAGAAGGACUAGAUAUCAACGAAGCGGUAAGAGCAAGAGAUCCAAGAUACCAAUACACAGCUCUUUACCUAGCUGCCAAGGAAGGGCAUGCAAAGAUUGUGAAAGAGUUACUGUCGUUUAUGAGAAAAGAAGAGCUGGAAGUGAUAAACACUGGUGGUUACACACUUUUAGGCAAUGUUGUAAGAAAAGGCUAUGGCGGAGCAACAAAUGCAGAAGAAGUGGCUAGAUGCAUAGUUGAAAAGAACGAGAAUGUACUCACCAUUGGCAUUAAUCCUCCCCACAGUUGGUUUCCAGUUGUCGAGGCUUGUUCCUGGAACAGAUGGAAACUGGCUCGCUAUCUCUAUUCUGUCACUCCCCAUGAAGCUCUAUUAACAGAGACCAGGCGUGAUGGCCCUCAAAUUCUUACCUAUUGUUUUAAGCGUAUGAAAGGGUUUGAUAUUGCACGGGACAUAUUGAAAUGUAAUCCAAUCUUGGCUCUUACUGAAAACUACGAUGGAGAGUUUCCUAUGUCCGUAUUGGCUUGUAUGCAGUCUGCAACCUUCAGUGGAAGGCAACUUAAAUAUUGGCAGCAGUGGAUCUAUGACAGUAUACAAAUGAAACCUGUUGAUCCUAUCCCUCAUGAGAUAUCUAUAAAUGUUUCAAAACCGGAAGAUGAUCAAGAUGGCAGUCCAACUCGAGACCUAAAAGAUGUGUGUGCAAACAACCCCUAUGGUGCAAGGUGGACGACCAAUUGCUCAGUCAUGAACUUACACAGAGGAUCCAUGAGGGGUGUCGGUAAACUUUUGGGAAUCAAAUCCAUAUAUGAAAUGAAAUUGAUCCACAUGGAAAUCCUUGAAUUCAUACGUUGCAUUGAAGGGAUAAAAUGGGAGAAACUUACAGAAGAGCAAUGGAAAAUCGUGAAAACAUCAAUCUUUCGAGCUGUAGAACGAGGAAAUGUUCAGUUUGUCACUGAAAUAUAUAAUGCAAAUCGACAGAUUGGAAUGAUUAGAGCAAAGGAUAAGAAAGGAAGGAACAUAUUUCAUGUUGCCAUUGAAUGCCGCCAAAUUAACAUUUAUAACCUUAUAUAUGGACUGCGUGAAGAAAAGAGAAGCAAUUUGGGAUGUACUGUAACGAGCUCUAACGAAAAUAUGCUCCAUAUGGCGGGGAAAUUGUCUCCACUCUCGCAAUUCAAUCAUAUUCAAGGUGCAUAUUUGCAAAUGCAGAGAGAGCUGCAAUGGUUUAAGGAGGUGGAGAGUAUUGUACCGGUUGAAAUGCGUGAAUCUCUAAAUACUUCAUAUGUGACACCGCGUGAGCUCUUUACCAAAAGUCAUGAGAAAUUAAUGAAGGAUGCAGAAGACUCAAUUAAAGGGAUAGCAACUUCUUGUACAGUUGUAGGUGCUCUCAUUGUUACCAUCAUGUUUGCUGUAGCAUUCACUGUUCCUGGUGGAAGCGAUAGUAACACAGGUCUUCCCGUUUUCAUGGAUAAAAAGUUGUUUAAGAUUUUUAUCAUUUCAGAUGUUAUAUCAUUAGUGACAUCCACGACCUCAGUAAUUAUAUUUUUGGGAAUCCUCACGUCACGUUAUGCAGAAGAUGACUUCCUCACAUUUUUGCCUACAAAAAUGAUGAUCGGUCUUUCCACCCUUUUCCUCUCGAUUUCUGCUAUGAUGAUUGCAUUUUCUUCUGCCCUCACCAUUAUGACUGGUGAUAAGAGAAACUCCAAGACUUUUAUUCGAAACCUAUUGCUGGCUUUUCUUCCCAUCAGCUCAUUUAUUUGGAUGCAGUUUUCCUUUAUCGUUGAGAUAUUCAUCUCUACUUAUGGACCAGGAAUAUUUGACAAGAAGAUCAAACGCUGGCAUUAGAAUAUCAGACUGCAAAUGAGUAGGGAGGAAGUAGUUGUUAUG